CUAGAGCGCUUACAAUGGAGGCUCCUCGCAACAAGGCAGCUGUGUAUGGAUGGGGCCUGACCCCGCUCAACCCAGUCCAAGGAGUGAACCCCUUCAUAGAGAUCAUCGAGCAGCCGAAGCAGAGGGGGAUGAGGUUCAGGUACAAGUGUGAGGGACGUUCAGCCGGAAGCAUCCCCGGAGAGAAGAGCAACGACACCACUAAGACCCACCCAGCCAUCAAGGUGCACAACUACAGCGGCCCCCUGCGUGUUCGCAUCUCGUUGGUGACAAAGAACGCACCGCACAAGCCUCACCCCCACGAACUGGUGGGGAAAGACUGCAAACAUGGCUACUACGAGGCCGACCUGCAGGAGAGACGAAUACACAGUUUUCAGAACCUGGGCAUUCAGUGUGUCAAGAAGAAGGAUGUGAACGAGGCCAUCACUUGUAGGCUGCAGACCAACAAUAACCCCUUCAACAUUCCCGAGGCCAAGGUGUGGGAGGAGGAGUUCGACCUGAACUCGGUCCGGCUUUGCUUCCAGGCCUCCAUCAAUCUGCCUUCAGGGGAUCUGAUUCCUCUGGAGCCGGUGGUAUCGCAGCCCAUCUAUGACAACAGGGCCCCAAACACAGCUGAGCUGAAGAUCUGCCGAGUCAACCGCAACUCUGGCAGCUGCAAAGGAGGGGAUGAAAUCUUCCUUCUUUGUGACAAAGUGCAAAAAGAGGACAUCGAAGUGCGCUUCUUCCAGGACUCCUGGGAGGGUAAGGGCACGUUCUCCCAGGCUGACGUCCACAGGCAGGUGGCCAUUGUGUUCCGCACGCCGCCAUACCGCGACACUAACCUCAGCGAGCCCGUUAGAGUCAAGAUGCAGCUCCGCCGGCCCUCUGACCGCGAGGUCAGCGAGCCAAUGGACUUCCAGUACCUGCCGGCCGACCCAGAUGAAUACAGGCUGAGUGAGAAGAGAAAGCGUACAGGGGACAUGUUCCAGAGCCUGAAGCUGGGGCCCAUGCUAUCUAGUGUGUCCAUGCCACAAGAUAGACGGCACAUAAGCCCGGCAAGGAGGACAGUCACAGCCAAGCCUCCAUCAAUGAAUGCACAAGCAGCUGCGGUGCCCUCUGGUGCUAUUGGAGCUAAACCCCAGCCUUCCUACUCGUAUCAACCGGGCCAGCUCUUCUCGGUCCAGCCCAAGGUCGAGGCCCCCAUCUCCACUGCAACUACAAACCAGACAUGGAGGAUCAUGGAGAACCUGAACCUGGGCCCCCAGCCCAAAGCCACUCCAGUGCCCAACUUUACAGCGAGCCAGGCAGCCAUCCCCGGCUCCUCUACCACCAUGUCCACUGCCAACCAGGACUUGUCAACCGUCAACCUGUCAGACCUUCAUCAAUUCUUCCCCAACAUUUCCUCCGCCAUGGCCCAGGAGCACGCAGCUUCUCAGGGCAGCUUGGCCUCUUCACAGACCGGCCUCUCCUACACCCUCCAGUGCUCUCCGUUCCGUGUGGACGCACCACUUGCGGACGACGAUAUCCCAGAGUUCCCUAGCUUUUCCGAAGCCCAGGCGCAAGCCACCCUGGACAACCUGAACAUGGAAGAUUUUGAGGACCUUCUGCACCCCGGCCUCAUAAACGAGAGCGGAAACGGCAGCUCCAUGUUGGCGCAAGCUUCGUGUCAACAAGCCGCCCCGCCCAGCUCCUCUACCGCGGCCCACAACGCAGCAUCGCAGAACACUUCUGACCCUGCCAGCAUCCCAGGAAGCACCUGGAUGAAUUACCCCAACAGCAUCGUCAACCUGCUCCAAAACGAGGGCAUGAUUGACAUCGCGUCCAGCAACAGCAACCACCGGCCCGCUGUUCUGGAUGAGUUUGACGAGUUGAUGUCCGCUGACGAGGAGCGUCUUAUUUCCAUUUUUAACAAUGGAAGCCAAGCUGGGUUCGUUUCAGGACACCCGACUUAAAGUGUAUCCAAGGGAUUUUUUUUUACGAACAUAUAUACAUAACCACUUGUAUCUGCCCUUUUAACGCUCGGAACAAAAAGACCUUUUUUGUUAGAAAAGUCAAAAUGAGGUGGAUCUAAUAGAGCUGUAAGCAGCAGAAUGUAGCAAAUCUGCUCACUGUGGCUCAUAGAAACCCCAGCAAAGACUCUUUAUGGUGUUCAAUUAGAGGGUUUUGCCCUGUCUUUAAAUACAGUUUGACUGACAAAUAAUAAAAGACAGGACUGACCCGUUUCAGAUUUCAUAGCCCUUGUUCAGCAUCAGUUUAUAAAAACAAUCAGAGCAGAUGCAUUGCUGAAGGCAUCUGUUCAAAUGUUUGCCCGUGGAACAUGUUAAGCAUGUUUUUGUACUCAUCAUUCUAACCAUUGUGGUAGCUCCCGUCAGUGUUACUGUGAUUAUCACUCUGAAAUGUGUACGUUUGGUCUGCUUUCUGAUUUCAAACAAAGCGGUUGGUAUUUUCAGCAGGUAAUUAGGUCUGGAGGUAAGUUUAUGCAUAUGAUCCCACUGUCCUUGUGAUUAUUAUCCCCAUGUAUUACUUUGGAAUGUUUUCUGAAUGUCAGCAGUAACUGACAACCUUCCCAUACAGGUGCCAUUGUUGAGUCUCAACAAAAUGUAGUAAUGUGUUACAAACCAAAUGAAGGUCUACAUAUAAGUAAUUAUCAAACAAGCAACAUUUAUAAGUACAUGCUUAUAUCACAGAAGCUCGCGCUCGUGGAGCUGUAUCAGAUCUUGUUUUUGUGUCUUAUCAGUUUUUCUACAGUUAUUUUGUGAAUAAUGGCUGUAGGUGAAUUUGCUUUACUCUGUAGUAAAAGAUGCUUCCAGUUAAAAUAAUGCUGUUUUAUACUGGUAUGUUGUGAGCAGAUUAUACUAUAUGCCUUCUUGCUGUAAUUAUUGAUUAAUUCUGUCAAAAUUCCGAAACACUUUUCUUGGCAAUAAAAACCACAACAUAUUAA